AAUGAUUAUGUUUACCUCUGGCACAUUUUUACAAAAGUUUUCGCCUUUGUUGUACGUCUGCGGGGGAUUAUUCGCAUCCAGAAUUUCAACCGAGCGAUCGAACUUAAGCGAGGGCUAAUCUAUUUUGAUUCACCAUCUACGAACAUAUGCAUUCAAGCAGAAGACACAUUACAAACACUUUCGAAGGAGACUUUUAAUAAUGGGAAAUAAGCAAGGAACUGCGUCCGUAUUUCAAGACGAAGAGGAUGAAGAAACGUGGUUUGAAUGGAUGGAAGCGACGGGUGAUCGUAGAAAUCAGAAAAGGUUGCCCAUUUCCCCAUGUUCUGAUCUACUGGCGGUUCAUGCGGUUCAACCGAUGUCUCUUACACCUGGCGUGACCGAUACGGCGAGAGAAGCAAAACAAAAAUACCGCAGUGAAGCAAAAGCUCUCAGUGGACUCUAUUUAGCUAGUGCGAAGAGAGAGAACAUUUCGGUCGACCCAUCGUUUCGCGGUGAUGCGAAGAAUAACAACUAUUUACCGAAAGUAAGAGAAGGCGAAGAAGACGAAUUGGACAUGAUGACGGUUGGCCAGGUGCUGCCAGAUUUCCCAGCCGGGGAAGUGAAUGUGUCUCUUUUUUUCGACAAAACAUCCAGCCGUCUAAAGGUAAACAUUGUAAAGGCUCGCAACCUCUGCUGCAAGGCCCGAGAGGGGAAGAGACAAGACCGAUGUGGCGUAAGUUGUUCAGAUUUGUAUAUAAACGUGCUACUGUUGGAGGGACAAAAACAAUUGGAGUCACAUCGAACAUCGAAGAAGAAAGGAAGCACUGAUGUACUCUUCUACGAAAAUUUUGCGUUGGACCUUACUUCUCUUGACGUACGUCAGAUAAUUUUGCGGUUGACCGCAAUGCAUUGUUGUAAAUAUGUAAUUAACGCUGAUCACGUGAUUGGUCACGUGGAUACGAACGACAAAUCAUGGGGUUCUUCUUUCAGCUCUCAUUGGGUAGAGGUAAUCACGUCUCCAGGAACGAACGUGAAUAGAUGGCAUACUCUAUGGUGUUAAAAAAGAAAAAAAAAAAAACCAGAGAACACACCUUUUUUGAUGGCUCAA